AUGAUUCAAAAGACUCGCGAGACAGUACAAGAGCCAUUGAAAAAGAAAAUCAAGCAAAGAGUAAAUGUAAACAAGGACAAAGACCAAUUUUUUGUAACCAUCAACUACAAACCCAAGAAGAAGAUAGAGCUACCGUAUAAGGGGGUAUUAGGGUUCCCCGAUUGUAUUAUAAAUGACACCGAUCCUACCAAGGAGGAAAGGGCACAAUUUGAGAAAUUCCGUAUAGAGGGUGUAAAACUACGAAACAAGUUGAAUAACGAAGAUACGCACGAUGGAAGCAGCCAUCCACUACAUCAGCUGGCGACAGAAGUAACAAAAGAGUCAACACCGUCAUCUAUCGCAUUGAAUAAAUCCAAGAUCAAAAAAAUCAUGUUCCGAGAUCACGAAAUAGAAACAUGGUACAUUGCACCAUAUCCAGAAGAGUACUCGCAAUGCGAAACGUUGUACAUUUGUGAAUACUGCUUAAAGUAUAUGAAUUCUCCUAUCUCAUACAAACGACACCAAUUGAAAAACUGCAACUUUACAAAUCAUCAUCCCCCCGGCACUGAGAUUUAUCGAGACGCAAAUGUAUCGGUUUGGGAAGUUGAUGGAAGAAAAAAUAUCAACUAUUGUCAAAAUGUCUGUCUUUUAGCAAAAUUGUUUUUGAACUCAAAGACGCUAUAUUAUGAUGUGGAGCCCUUUGUGUUUUACAUUUUAACUGAAAGGGAUCAAAAGUACCCUUCAAAGCAUCAUUUUGUUGGUUAUUUUUCAAAAGAAAAGUUGAACAAUCUGGAUUACAAUGUCUCAUGUAUAUUAACAUUGCCAAUCUACCAAAGAAAGGGAUAUGGGAAUCUACUUAUUGAUUUCAGCUAUUUGUUAACCAGAAACGAGUUCAAAUACGGCACCCCAGAGAAACCGUUGAGUGACUUGGGGUUGCUUAGUUAUAGAAACUAUUGGAAGGUGACAGUAGCCUACAAGUUACGAGAACUAUACCAGAAAUGCAAUAAUAUGAAUGGGCUCCAUAUAUCACUUGGCGUGUUGUGUAAAAUGACUGGGAUGAUACCAGCAAACGUGGUUGUGGCGUUGGAACAGCUCCACGCUCUAUAUUACAAGCAGGACGCAAAUGAAACAAAAUUUGCAAUUGUGGUAAAAUGGGAGCUUAUAGAUGAAGUCAUAUCCAAAUGGGAAGCCAAAUCGUACACAACGCUAGACUACACGAAACUUAUUUGGAAACCAAUGCUCUUUGGCCCUAGUGGUGGUAUCAAUUCGGCCCCGGCAUUUAUCCAGAAUGGGAAACAAACUACUCCUCACAAUAAUAUUGCACAAGUGUCGGAGUUCUUGAAAGACGAUAUUUAUAACCCGUAUUCGUUCGAGGAAGAAGCUUGGAAAGAAGUCGCUUUAUGUGCAGACACUGCUAAUGAAGAACAAGAGUCGAAUUUUGAGAGUUUUGUUGAAUGCCAGCCGGACAAUAGUCAAGUGAAGUUGAAGCCCAAGAGGCGGUCCAAAGAAGAUGUCGAGGUGGAUUUGGAUGCAGUCGCCGACAUUUUCCAAGAAGAGGACACAUUAGAGUCAAAUGCCGAGGAUGAGUCUAGCUUUGAAGAUGUGGAUUUUGUGGGAGGAGAAGGGGCAGACGAAGACGAAGCAGAAGACGAAGACGAAGAAGAGGAGCCGAACGACGAAAGUCUGGAUGAAGAGUUACCGGUGGACUCUCCAUCGGAGUCGGAUUCUGAUUUCGAUUCUUACGUUGGAAAUAACGUGCACUUUGUGAAUCAGUCUGGUUCGAGAAAAAGAACUUUUCUUAAGAGGAGAACUGUUAAUGUGUUGGAAGGUGAUAAUAGACCGCGAGGUAGGGGACGCCCUAAGGGUACUUUCAAAUUGCCUAGAGGAAAGCAAUCAAAUACCAAACCGUCGUCAAGAAAAAAGUAG